ACAUCCCACAAAAGAUUAUGUAUAGGUGACGGUUGCCCACAAUUGACAUCUUCCUAUUGGCCGGGUUGGCAGCUAUUGAGCAAGUCUGACGAUUUUCCCGUUUCACUUGAUUUUCUGAGAGUCAGUGGAAUGGAGAGGCUGGUCGCUGGAAAAACUCAGCCAGCCUGUCCAUCGUAUCUGUCUUUUCAUGUUCGUCGCCGACUCGCCGUCAAGCGAUUGGACCUCCCGUCCCGACAAGUUACAGGAUGUACUGGCAGUGGUCGCGGAAACAUCGAAGCUCCACAGUCUCACAACUCGACAGUUUUCAAGUACUCCAAGUUGUGGGGCCCGUCAUCGCCGCGAGAAAAGGAGACUUAUGACGAGGAGGACAGUUGUAUGAUGGGGUACCUCGUAAGGGAUCAGGGUUUCUUAUCGCAAACCCGGAGUUCAUGUCACCAAAGUGCCGAGCGGACCCGCCAAAAUCAUGCUGGUCCAUAUUCUUUCGUUGGGUGA